GCCGCCCGGGCUGGGCGCGACCCCGGCCAGCAGCGGCACGGAGAGCGGGCGGAGGCGCGGGCCAUGCUGAGGCUGGCGCCAGCCGGGGCCCGAACCAUCGUGGACAUGUCGUACGCUCGCCACUUCCUGGACUUUCAGGGAUCCGCCAUUCCCCAAGCCAUGCAGAAGCUGGUCGUGACCCAGCUGAGCCCCAACUUCCGCGAGGCCGUCACCCUGCGCCGGGAUUGCCCGGUGCCGCUCCCCGGGGACGGAGACAUCCUCGUCCGGAACCGAUUUGUUGGUGUUAAUGCCUCUGACAUCAACUAUGCAGCUGGCCGCUAUGACCCUUCAGUUAAGACCCCCUUUGACAUAGGUUUUGAAGGUGUGGGUGAGGUGGUAGCCCUGGGCCUGUCUGCCAGUGCCAGAUACUCAGUUGGCCAAGCUGUAGCUUACAUGGCACCUGGCUCUUUUGCUGAGUACACAGUUGUGCCUGCCAACAUUGCAACCCCCGUGCCCUCUGUGAAACCUGAGUAUCUCUCCCUGCUGGUAAGUGGCACCACCGCCUACAUCAGCCUGAAAGAGCUCGGAGAACUGUCUGAAGGGAAAAAAGUUUUGGUGACAGCAGCAGCUGGGGGGACAGGCCAGUUUGCCGUGCAGCUUUCAAAGAAGGCCAAGUGCCAUGUAAUUGGAACCUGUUCUUCUGAUGAAAAGUCUGCUUUCCUGAAAUCUAUUGGCUGUGAUCGUCCUAUCAACUAUAAAACUGAGCCCAUGGGUACCGUCCUUAAGAAGGAGUACCCCAAAGGCGUCGACGUGGUCUAUGAGUCCGUUGGGGGAACCAUGUUUGACUUGGCUGUAGACGCCUUGGCUGCCAAAGGGCGUCUGAUAGUCAUUGGGUUUAUCUCUGGCUACCAAACUCCAACUGGCCUUUCGCCUGUGAAAGCAGGAACAUUGCCAGCCAAGCUGCUGAGGAAAUCUGCCAGCAUCCAGGGCUUCUUCCUGAACCAUUACUUGACUGAGUACCAAGCAGCCAUGGACCACUUGCUCAAGAUGUGGGAAAGUGGAGACCUGGUUUGUGCGGUGGACCUUGGAGAUCUGUCUCCAGAAGGCAGGUUCAUUGGCCUGGAGUCCGUAUUCCGUGCUGUCAGUUAUAUGUACAUGGGAAAAAACACUGGAAAAAUUGUAGUUGAAUUACCUCACUCUGUCAACAGUAAGCUGUAAAAACAGAAUAAUGACAUAAAUCAAAGAAAAGAAAAUGGGCACUUUAUGCCUCAGAAUUACUCAAAUCAAUUUAUUUUUAGUUGGUAAUGGAUAUAUUUCUUUAAACAAAAGUAAGGUGUUAAUGAAGGUUUCACUCUCCGUCUAUCUUUUUGUUCCUCCCUUGGGAAAAAAAAUGUGCUAAUAAAACUUCUCUCGAUGGCUAAGAGGUAAAAUGUUUACAUUCAGUUCUUUAGUCGUGGACAAUCUCAUUCCGGAUUUUAUUGUUCCAGGGAACUAAAUGAAUUCCUGAUGCAAGAUCUGAUCAAAUCAGUAUGUCUUCAGCUUGAUUUUCAAAUCAGUCUUGGAAGUAGUUUGCAAAUUCUUCUUUGUUGGGAGAAUUUGGUCACAUGCUAAUCAGCCAUCCCUAGGUGAGAGAUGUAGAGAAAGUCAGCCAGACACACGUGUUCUGAGUCCAUGUCCUCAGGAAAUGGCCCUUGUUUUUUCUAUAAGUCAUUAAAUAUCUAAAUAGAAAUUUGUGGUAAUCCCCCCCUAAAAAUUUUGAUUUUGUUAUUAGAAAAAUGAUUUAGUGAACCCAGAUGUAUUUUAAAGAAGUGUCUAUUAUUUAAUGGCUUUUAUCUACCAUCAUCCUGGUGAGGAACAUGUGAAUGGAAAAUCUCUUCCCUCUUAAGAAACAAAUUAGUAUUGAAAACUUAUGUAGACAGAAAGCAGGUUAGGGGAACUGCAGAGGGGGACUCUAUAAAAUUAACAGAACGUUUCCCAGGAAAGGGGAAGGAGUGUGCUGCACUCCGAGUGAGGGUUCAGGUAACAAAACACAGGUCACAGAAGGGAAAGCACUCUGGGCACACCCACCGCCAGGGGUGAAUGCCGUCAGUGUGCCUGGCACGGGAUCGUAUCGGAUAGCUCUGGGCACCAUAGGGACCCAAGUGACCUAAAAUAACGAUACAUAUGCUUCUCCUUAGAGGCUUUCAGGCGUGGAAAGACAGAAUUCUGUGUCCCCAUUUCACAUCUCCAAAUAUUCUGGGGGAACGAGAUGCUGGUUGUCACUGUCGCCUGAUGUGAACACACAGCUCCCGCCCACGCGUGCAAAGCAGUGAGCCCUGUGCCUCCCCCCCGAAGCUCGUCCCUGGCCAACUUGCUUGCCUCCGCACCUCCCGUGCCCCAGCACUGCUGCUGCUCUCCUCCUUACACUGAAAUCCCACAUGCCUUUCUAAUUGAAGGUGAAGCCCACCAGGUUAUUUUCCAGAGGCUUGGGUUUCAGUGUAUCUAACAUGCUCAAUUAAUAGGAACGCAAUUAAAGGUGCUCCAGGAAAGUUGGGGACCAUAUUUAAUUUUUCUUUCCUUCCAUCCAAGGAACAAGGAAACCCUCCCGCCGAAUGGCUGUUAGUAUCUAUUUUACAAGAUUUACUCAUUUUCAGGUACCUAAUGUAGCUGCUAGCAUGCAUGCACAACAAUACAAUUUAUAUGGUAAAUGGAACCAAAUAAUGGCUUCACUGAAUGUUAUGGCUGCACUGAAGGGAAAUGUCACGGUAAAUAGCUGCCAAAUUAUGGAUCAUGCCGAAGUGUCACAACUGCACUAAAGACAAAUAGCACUAGAGGCUAUUGCCACUGUGACGUGUUUGAGUUAUGAAGAAGGGUAGCAGCCCGAUGUGGAGCGCUCUGUGUCCUCAUUAUAGCAAAGGGUUACUGGUACAGGGGACAAGGAAAGCUCGUCCAAUGUGGUGCUUAGUUAUUAAUCUGUCCCUUUCAGACCUAACAGCUGUAGCAAAACGGAAAGAGACUUUCCCUCGCUUUAGACACACAAACAAACAAAGGGUUUUACAAAUGUAACUGUGCACAGGAAGUGACUGGGAAUGGGAAAAUGUUGUAAUAAAAUUAAUCAAAGAAUAUUAUUAAAUUUAACAUAGUCUAUGUC